GUCUGUCACAGGUUCCCACAGGCUGUGCAAUAGAUAGCAGAUGUAACGUUAGUUUCGCACGUGUUGCUCUGGUGGUGCUUCCGCUGUAGGCUGAAAUGAGUGACAACAAGUCUUUAAAGCAACGUAAAAGGCCUCUCAGCGAUGAAGAGGAAGAGACCAGCUCCAAGAAGAGAAGGGACGGGAGCCAAGGAGCAGUCAGUAGUUCAGACCCACAGAUGAUAAAGAAAGCGCCCAGAUUAUCACCGGCAUUAUUCUGUGAUAACUGUGAAAUUCAUCACCUGCAGUUGCAUCACCUCCUGAAGUAUGCUGCUCUGGGUAAACAUGGCAAGGCCACACAGGCAAGCUGGUGUAGCAUUCACCAUCAGAAGUAUCUCUGUGGCGUGGUGGUGGUUGUGCUGCAGGAUCUCGCUCAGCAUCAUUUCUACCAGUUUUAUCUACACUUCCGUUCUCUCCGGAGACUGUUCAGACAUAGAUUCAGCCUGCCGCCUCCCCCCAGUGAUUUCCUUGCUUCUCUUCUUGGGUUGAAUGAUCCUGACGUUCCAGCCCAGAAGAAGCAAACGAAUAGUCAGCAUAGCCCUGAAGGUUCUACAGACCAGAAGUACAAUUUCAUUGCAAUACCAAAGCCCACAAAGUCUCAUGACCCCAUCCUACAAAGAUAUGGAACGAAAAUUCAUAGCCUGACCAGGUACCUACUUACUGAGGAGGAGAUGAGGAACAAUAAUUAUCCGCUUGUAGGCUUAUCCGAUACAAAUAACUAUGUUCAUACCAAGUGCACUGAGCGACCUACGGAUAGUAGCCCUCUGUUUGGUCUGGAUUGUGAAAUGUGUCUGACCUGUAAAGGGAGUGAGCUGACCAGAGUGUCGUUAGUGGAUGCCCAAGGCCAGUGCAUUAUGGAUGAACUGGUAAAGCCCAUCAAUCCCAUUAUAAAUUACAUGACCAGGUUCUCCGGGAUCACUAGAAAGAUGAUUCAUCCUGUGAAAACAAAGUUAACGGAUGUCCAAGAAAAAUUAAAAAGCCUUCUUCCUCCAGAUGCCAUCUUGGUGGGUCACUCGUUAAAUAAUGACCUGCAAGCUCUGCAGAUGAUCCAUCCAAAUGUCAUUGACACAGCGCUGCUAUUUGCCCGAUCCCUGGGAAUGAAGUUUAGAUUGAAGUUCUUGGCGCAAGAGAUUCUAAAGAGAGAGAUUCAGUGUGAUAAUGCUGUUGGCCACAAUCCCUCGGAGGAUGCGGUCGCUGCUCUGAACUUAGCUCAGUACUUCAUUCAGCAUGGGCCGGAAAAGGUUGCAGAAAUUAAUUUGGAGGAUGUUUUCCAAAAAACAAAUAACCUGCAUAGUAGACCAGACACUCCCAAAGCCUCCAAGAUUAAACAGAACGGGUUCCUUCAUCCCCUGCCACCAGAAGGACCUAGCUUUCUAGAAGAGCUGGAAAAUGCAGGCCAGAAAAUUGCUUAUGUUUCCAGAGAAGGAUUGAAUGACACCGUGCCUUCGGGACAGUUUGAGUCCUUGUUAUGUACGUCAGAUGAGGAAGUCCUUGAGAAAGCGCGCAGUGUCGUCCCCCUGUCUUCAGUCAGUAUCGUUAAGUUCCAGCAGGGCAAAAUUUUCAGUAAAUGUCAUUUAGACGCCAAUGAAAGGGUUUUCUGCAAGUUUGCAGAAAUGAUGACCGUCUUUGCGGGACCCUUCAGGAGUGGUGUGUGUCUGAAGACUGUCAAGAUGCAUUUUGAGAGUUGCGGUCCUCUUCACUCGCUGAGUACUACAUCAGAUACUUGUCAGCCAUACGUCUGCAUCAAGUACAGCGUCCCAGAAGGUGCGCAUCUUGCCGUGGAGCUGCUAAACGGUUCGUGUAUCGAUGGAAGCCGUAUUAAGGUUCAGAGGAUGAUAACAAGGAGGACUGCAGACCAUGAAGACAUUUUCAAGGAGAUGGAAGAAGAUCCAGAAAAUAAAAGCACAAUCUAUGUCUCCGGAUUUACAAAACCCCCGACAGAGGAAUUUCUUCAGCAGCAGUUCAGUCAUCUUAAGGAAAUCAAAUCCGUAUUUGUGCCCACAAACCCAAAGAACCAACGGCAUGCAAAAUACUGUUACUUACGAUUUCACAGCCCUGACGGCGCUGCUGCGGCUGUUCACAGUAUACGUGCACAUGGCGGACUGAGGAGUAUGAAAGCCAUCACCUCCAGCCACUUACAUUGCUGGCUACAAGCUGCUGUGACCUGUGGUUCUCCACACAAACUCUUGAACCCAGAAUCUGUGUCUGAGGGGGAUUGUACAGAAAUAAUUAAGGAUCUGGACAGGAAAGUUCAUCUUCUUUAUGAGAGCCUUCGAGAGAACACCCUGUGUGUCAUCCUCUUCCCUGGAAACAAUAGCAACGGUGGAUCUCUUCCAGGAUUCGGUUUGAUUGGGAUAAAGUGCUGACCACAUUGGCGAGCGCCCAGCCUUUUAAUCAAUAUGUAAUGUACAGACUAUUUUACCACUUCCCUAUUCAUUUAAUAAAACAUCUGCC